UUGUCUAAUACUUAAGUAAACAAAAACACACGAAUAGGAAGGGUUAGGAGUUUAGUCUGCUGAAAGCUGAUCAAACACAAAGUUUUUAAUAAAAACUAAUUUGCCAUCCUAGCUAUUGUGAUUUACAUACGCAAACAUGAACAUUUAGUCUCAAGUUCCUCUUUCUAGAUGAAUAGAGUCAUCCAGGCUUAAAAAGUCUUCUAGCUUCUUUUAGCUUUAUCAGAGAUGAAUGAAAAGAGGAGGCCAGGACAGGGUAUGGGCACUGAUCGCACAACCAACGAUCGUACAGGUGCUUAGAAAGAAAACGACGUUGUCCUAAAGAAAUCCUUUAACUUUUUUAAAAGUUGUAUUUGGUAAAAACUUCCCUACAGCAACUGGCACAAUAACACGCGAUGACAGAUCUUAGACAAUCAAGAAAGGCAUCUUCGACGUAUUAGAAGAUAUUCUACAAAUUUGUUUCUACAUCUAGCCGUGCCUUACGUCACCUAAACUUUAAAACAUAUCUAAGUUUGAUACAAAACCCCAAAGGGCGGCUUUAAAACUGCAACAAUUUUUGUAGCGGUAACUAAUUUGGUGCUGCUAUUUUCGCUGCUGGGUCACUCCAAGGGAGCCCUACCGAGAUCGAAGUCGACAACAUACAAACCUCUCAUUUUGGCUUGCCGCUACUUUUCUGCUCCAUAUCCCUGUUCUCCUUUCUUUGUACGCCUUGAGCAGUUCUUUCCAGCUGGCUUUACCAGCUGCAGUCUAAAAACAAAGCAGUCAAACAAAUUAAUAAUUCCACCUUAAACUAGAAAUAAAAUAAUUUUGGUUUGUUUAUAUAUCAAAUACUUGAAAUCUUCGCUUCGUUGAUCAAACGAAAGAAGAUCUGUAGCAAGCAUGCAGUAAGGUAGCAAGAACAGAAGGAAGCGGAGCUGGUAAGAUAUCUCACAAAAUGGUGUCUUGCUUUCCUGAAGUCUGGGCGCCAGUUCAGUUGUCAUAUUUCACAGCAACAGUAUCAAUAGUGCUCUCUUUGACAGUAUGCAUUGGAAAUUCGUUUAUCAUCAUCGCAGUCGUCUUCGAUCCGUUAAAAAAGCUGAGGACCCCAUUCAGCUUCUUCCUCGUGAACCUAGCAUUAUGUGAUCUUAUUGUUGGGUCGAUUACCUUGCCAACCUCAGUCGCUAUACACCUUAAUGAAGCGCGUGGAUUCGUGCCUGAUAAUCAGCGGCUCUUGCUCCACACAACAUUCUUCAUGUCAUCAAAUGCCAGUUUUCUUAGCCUUGCAAUGCUCUCGUUGGACAGGUUUAUCGCCAUACGAUGGCCUAUACGAUAUAGAAAUAGCCUUGCCUUCAAGAAUUUUCUUUUGAUUUCUUGCAUAAUAUGGGGCUUCUCUUUAGCAAUGAUCGGCAUAUACUUUAAAGUUGGUUUUAUUAGUUACCUGAUGGUGUUCUGCCAUGUAGCCAUCAUCUUUACUUUGAUCGUUCUAUCUGGUACAUACCAUCAAGUAAACAAAAUCCUGAGAGUCCAGUGGAAGGAGUUCCGCUAUCAAAGCAAGGAGAACAGCGAAAAGGAGCAACGAGAGCAUUGGAGAAUAUCAAAAGAAAAGAUAAUUACAAAGACAUUUCUUUACAUAGCAUGGGGUUUUUUGCUAUGCUCUACGCCACCAGUUAUAGGCGCGUAUAUUCUUCAGUUCUGCGAUUCUUGUGAUUGUACCUUUCGCCAUGUUUUGCGAGACUUACAAUUCAUCUUCAUAUCAAUGAACAGCGCUAUAAAUCCGCUAGUAUCCUUUAUUCGCAUGUCGACAUUCCGGCAUUCAAUAGCCGCGAUAAUUUGCCGUUGCAAAAAGGGAAACAAACGUGAAGAUGACGUAAGAAGGCACGCAGAAAGCGGACGUGGAUCAGAAGCUUCUUCGAUAACACAUGUACCGUCAGUAAAAAUUGGCGAUGCGUAUGUUAUAACUGCUUGUGAACCAAAGCGUGAUCCGAGCCAAAAAGAACAUCCACUUUGUUCUUUAAUAUCCUUCAAGAAAUUGGAGAUUGAUUAGCAAAGAAAUGAAAACUUGGUAAUAACAUCUGCUGGAGACAUGUGAGAAUAUGGAAACAUUGAACCCUGCAAAUCAGAAUUAAUCGUGAAACAUGUAUCUAUACACUCAUAAUAUAAAAAGAACAGUUCCAGAAAUUGAAACUUAUAGUAAAAUAAGGAAAUAUUAGCUUCUAUCCAUACACUUUUAUUUUUUACAGGAAAUUUC